UUCGCAAUCUUAUCAGCGUGUCAUACCGCUGUCGGCGAUGAGGAGACACCCGAUGAGGUUAUCCACCUCGCUGCUGGUUUGCAGUUCUCAGGGUUCAAGAGCGUCAUUGGAACACUGGUUGUCGAUGAUGCUGUCGCACAACAUGUUGUCGAAGCUUUCUACGAGAAGAUGUUCAAGGAUUCGAAUGAGGAUGUCUAUGUCAUGGACUGUACGAAGGCAGCCUCUGCACUCAACCAUGCUGCAUACGCUGCCAAAAGGACAGUACCGCUCGAGCAGAGGAUUGUUUUCAUUCAUAUCGGUGUGUAG